UUAGUCCCAAAGUACCAGGAUGUGACAUUCCCAUUGCCGGCUUGAGGGGAGAGGAGGUGGAGAAAACUAAAGAAAGGCGCCACUUUGUCCUUAUUCAAGUGGGGAUGUCUGAUUGGUCGUUUCAAAAGGCUCUCGUUGUUCAUUGGCCGAGACGAGUGAGCGGCGUUCUAUGGGGAGGUACGAAUGUGAAGCUCGUCGCCUCCUCUGACACUGCUUCCAGUUUUCCUUCUGGUCGGGCAUUAGUCAAUAUAACACCAAGCACUAAAGCGAGGAGGGCAUUAGCGCAGAGCGUGUGUGGAGAGCUGCAGUCAUGUCCGGUCGUGGUAAAGGUGGGAAGGGCUUGGGGAAGGGAGGCGCCAAGCGUCACCGGAAGGUGCUCCGCGACAACAUCCAGGGCAUCACCAAGCCGGCUAUCCGGCGCCUGGCUCGUCGCGGGGGCGUGAAGCGCAUCUCCGGGCUGAUCUAUGAGGAGACGCGCGGCGUGCUGAAGGUCUUCCUGGAGAACGUGAUCCGCGAUGCUGUGACGUACACGGAGCACGCCAAGAGGAAGACGGUGACCGCCAUGGACGUGGUCUACGCCCUCAAGCGCCAGGGGAGGACCCUCUACGGCUUCGGCGGCUAAAGCCAGCGCCUCCGACCACCCAGCGAACCUAAAGGCCCUUUUAAGG